AUGUCUGUGACAAUCAACAGCGGCGAUCGGACGUACCACAUCAGUUCGAAUGCGGGCAUUAGGAAGGUAAGUAUCGUUAGUGAAGAAGAUAGCCUGACCUUCGACGUGGCGCGCAUAACCACCUUUCCUACUGCCGCCACCACGGCUGAGACAGAGAUGGAGCAAUCCGUCUACGACCCACUAGCGCAACAGUCCCGAGCGGAUACCCUGGAACCUAGCCCGUUCAGCGCCGAACAGAUUCGCUGGGUCAGCGGGUGUGCUGAUCCGGACUGCAGCUGCGCUCUGGAGGCGGCCGCCCGGCAGCCGGCUGCCGGAGACCCGAACGCAGGUUGGAAGGAUCCGAACUCCGGCUGGAAGGGGCUGAAAGGGAAACAGAACUCUUUGUACUUCACGCGGUCGGCACUUUACUCAACCCUUGCUCCUGGCAGGGCAACCGGCAAGGGGCACCCGGAACAGUCCGCGGACUGCUCCGGAGCACUAGUUCAUGAUCCGCAUCUCCACGGACCGCCCUUUCAGUGUGCCCCCCUAUAUCACGGUGUCCCCGCGUAUCACGCCGCGUGUCACGGUGGCCCGACGUAUCACGGUGCCCCGCCCUUUCCUGGUGCCGUUUUGGUUGACGGCGCACCCGCCGUUAACGGGUCCAACCUGAACUGGUUUGGUCCCGUUCGGCUUUCUCUGGAGGGUGCGGAAGGCCCGAGCAAGGAGUCUGUGCGCGGGACUGCGAGGCGUCUGGCUCGGUUGAUUGGGGAGCGCGCGGGCAGCGCCGGCAAAAAUGUAUGCACACGCGUGCGACGCGGCGGCGACGCCGUCCUGACCGGCGCCGCGCGCUUCCUACGACGACGCGCGGCGGCGGCACAACAGACGGCUUCACGAAGCGUGACCAAGACCUCCGCCAAACUCCCCGCCUUUCGCAAACGACGCGAAGCCGGCCAACACUCGACGCCGGAAGCCGAGUUCGCGGAGUCGGCGUGA